AUGAGCACUUUUGGUAGAAUUUAUAGAGUUAGCACAUUUGGAGAAUCACAUUCUCCUGCUGUAGGAUGCACUGUAGAAGGAUUUCCUUCACUCAUUAAAGUUUAGAGAGAAGAAAUUUAGAAAGCUCUUGAUAGAAGAAGACCUGGAUAGUCUUCCUUAACAACAAAAAGAAACGAAACAGAUUAAGUUGAAAUAUUAUGCGGAUUAGAGAAUGAAAUUUCAAUAGGAUCUCCAAUUGCAUUUUUAGUUAGAAAUUAAGAUCAAAUCAAAAAGGAUUAUAGCGAAAUGGAUCAAAUUCCAAGACCUGGUCAUGCAGAUUAUACUUACUUGAUUAAAUACGGAGUAAAAGCUUAAUCAGGAGGAGGAAGAAGUAGUGCACGUGAAACUAUUGGAAGAGUUUGUGCUGGAGCUUUAGCAGAUAUUUACUUAGAAAAGUAACUAAAUAUGAAUGUAUUUAGUUUUGUUACUAGUGUUGGCGACAUUUAAGUUCCAAAUGAAUUCAUUGAUAAAAUUGUUAAUUCAACUCUUAGAGAAUACACAAAAGAGAGAAUAGAUGCUUUAGGAAGCAUUACCAUAUUCAAGGACACACUUGAUCAUUUAAUUUAUAAAUGUGAUAAUAUCUUCUACAAUGAAUAAGGAGAUCAAAUUUUAUCAUGUGAAGAAAAUUUACUAGCAUAGCUUGAAGUGGUUAAUAUGAGAUGCCCCCACCCUCCAACUGCAAUUAAAAUGAUCUAAAAAAUUCAAUCUAUCAGAGGACAAAAAGAUUCAAUUGGAGGUACUGUAACUUGUGUAAUUCAGAAUACACCAAUUGGUUUGGGCGAGCCUUGCUUUGACAAACUGCCAGCCUUGCUUGCUCAUGCUAUAAUGAGCAUCCCUGCUACUAAAGGGUUUUAAAUAGGGAGUGGAUUUGAAGGAACAAAGAUGCAAGGAUCACAACAUAAUGAUACAUUCUAUAGCGAUAAAUUGUAGAAUACAUAAAAUACUGAAAAGUAAGAGGAAACUAAGCAAGAGAGUGUAAUCCUUAAAACUAUGACAAAUAAUGCAGGAGGAACUCUUGGAGGAAUUUCUAAUGGACAAAGCAUAUACUUUUCUGUUGCGUUCAAACCUGUAUCCACUAUAGGUCUACCUCAGAAAACAAGCAAUUUGGAGGGUGAAAGCACUAUCUUAGAAGCUAAGGGAAGACAUGAUCCUUGCGUACUUCCAAGAGCACCCCCUAUUGUGGAUUCUAUGGCUUCAAUAACUUUAAUGGACGCAUAUUUAUUACAAUAAACUCACGUUCAAAAAGUAAAAGAGGGUUCAUCACAAUGGUAGUAUUUCUGA